ACGAGUGGCUUUAUUUAGAGGUCUGUGAUGGCCUCAGGUCACACAGCUCAGACUCAUGACCAAACUGUGAUGUUAUUCAUUCUAGAGAGAGAGACCGGGACGCUUUAGUCGCUCUCUGGGUCCCAAAAGAUGCUCGACUUCUGAAUAACUGAAAAUCGCAUUUAGACUUGAUGGAUUCAGCAUUCCACCAGUUAUUGGGUGUUGUAUUUUGAGGAUGGGAACCGCCUUCAAGAAGUUUUGCAUCAAAUUCUGCUGCUGCUGCUGCUGUGAGGAUGAAGAUGAGGAAGAAAAGGCGCCUUUAAUUGGUCACGACACGCUGGACUAUUUCGACCGCGAAGCGAAGAAAAGGCGGGAUCAGGAGACGAACCUGUGGAGUGAACCCGGAGACCCUUCACACUCCGAGAGAGAUGACGACCGCGUGCUGUACAAACUGCUGCAGUGCAGAGAGCAAACACAGCGCGGAUCACGGGGCUACCGGCGUUUGAGCAUUGACAUCGAGGCCAUGCGAGACGUAAGGAGAGAAGUGCGGGAUAAAUGGAAGAUGAUCCUGGAGAAUCUGGGUUUCAUGGCUGAAGCGGAGUCUCUGUUGAACGUGUCCGCCAGUGCUUCAUACGACCGCAUGAGAAACGCGGCCAGUGCCCGCAGCCUCCUGCAGACCCUCCACAACGAGACCUCCCUCUUCAACAGCAAAGAACCUCCGCCCGAGAGAUACCUCUUCAUCCUGGAUCGGCUCAUUUAUCUGGACGCCGCUGAGGAUUUCGUGGCCAAAGCUCGUCGUUUCUACCCUCCCAAAGAUGAUGAUGACGAAGAAGAAAGUAACCCUCUCGGUAUUAAUCUGCCCCUGCUGCUGUCUCGCAUGAACCAGAACAUCUCCGGAGGAGAAGAUGAAGACGAGGACGAGAGCGAACCGGAUGACUGAAGCUAAUGGCUUUUGUUUCCAGUCAGUUCGAGGGGGUUUGGAGGUCAGUGGAUUGGGACUGAAGUCGACUCGGGUAAAAGUGGAUGAUUGAAUCGGACAGGUUAAAGGAUUAGUUCACCCAAAAAUGAAAAUUUUCCUGUUAUUUACUCACACUCAGUUUCCACCCCCCAGUCCAAAGACACCAAAGACAUGCACUAUAAGUGAAUUGGGUAAAACAAAAAUUGUCUGUAGUGUGUGUAUGGGUGAUUCCCAGUACUGUGUUGUGGCUGAAAGGGAAUAGUUGCUGGAAUAGUUGACGGUUCAUUCCGCAGUGGCAACCCCUGAUAUAUAAAGGACUAAGCCGAAGGGAAAUGAACUCCAAUUGGAUUCAACUGAAAGAAGAAAGUCCUAUACUCCUACCCUAGAAUGCCUCAAAGUGUGAGUAAAUCAUGGCGUCAUUUCAUUAUUGUGUGAACUAACCCUUUAAAACAUAACCAGACAAUUGCUUGUAGGAAAAAGAAGAGCGUUUUCACAAUCAUUAAAAUGGCCGCAGAGCUCACAUUUUAUGUAACAGAAUUUUAAAAGGUUUAUUGAGGAAUGUGGAGAUUGUACGUGUGAGAUGGCGAAGAGAAUUUGAAUAAAAAAUGAAAUGUUUUAGCUUGAAA